UUUUUUAACGAUUGUCUAGAUCUAGCUACGUGUACUUCCUGUUAAAAUGGCCCCGUCCAAAGAUAUCUUAGAUGAAAAGCCAGUUAAAAUUGAUAAGUGGGAUUCUGGAGCCUUAAAAAAUGCAUUGGAUGAUGGGGCGAAAAAGGUGUUAUUGGAUAUUAUGGGCUUUAAGGAAUCUCACAAACUGAUGAACGGCCGUCUGUUCCUAUGUACAGUGGCAAUAGGUUUUGCCAUGUUUGCUCUUCUCUGGGACUACUUAUAUCCAUUUCCACAGUCCAGGAAUGUGCUACUAUGUUGUGUCAUCUCAUACUUUGUUCUGAUGGGGAUAUUAACAUUUUAUUUAACCUAUGUGGAGAGAGGAAUCUUUCUUGUGGCUCUGGAGCAGGACAAAGCCAGAAUGGAGCCUGACAACAAGUGGACACUACAGUCAUCACUACGCAAAUAUGACGACACCUAUCACCUGACAGUAUCGUUUACAGAUGGCAAAACACAAGCAGAGAGAAGUACAACCAUUUCUAGGUGUGUUGCCAACUUCUUUGAUGACAAUGGCACUUUCCGCUUCGACUUGUUUCAGCCUGUUGUCAGGAAACUCAAAGAGGACCUCAGCAGUGAGAAAAAAAUGAACUGAAAAUUCUUCCAUUCCUGGUGACAACAAAACAUCAUCUAGAAAUCAAAUAGUCUUAAAAGUUGAUGGAAUUUAAAUUAAUAUUUAUACAAUAUAAUGAGAGAUUUAUAAAUGUAUGCUCAUUACCACCACAAACAUGCACGUCUGGAAAAAAUAAAGUGCAUUACAAGUUGUUGAAUGAUAGAUGUAUUAGAAUUGAAUUACAUUUGAAUGUUUUAUUUCUGAGAAAAACUAAGUCAUUUGUUAACAUGUUUUACGAGGGUCGUGGGUAAUUGUUCACUGUGAAGUCUGUGCAGAAACACAUUGAUGGCUCAUGGAAUGAUACAGAAGCUAGAAAUUUUUAUUCUAUCCAAUGUUCAGCACUUUUUAGUAUACACUCUGGCAGUAAUUUUGAGUACAAUCAUAAUGGAAAAAAAAAGUAUUUGGUUGUGGUUCCUGGUUAUAAUAUUUAUAUCAACAAACAAAUAAACUUUUUUUAUUUCUAACCAGCAUUUGAAUUGGGUAAUAUAACAGUCUUACAAAACUAUUGAUAUUGAUGUAUAAUCUUAUCUUAUAAAGUGCUGAUAUUCCUUAAAAAAAAAAUUUUUUUGUCCAAUAAAAGCUUUGGACCUUUUUUUUUUUGCUUUUAAAAAAUGAUCAUCUCUGGUUUCCAUAUCAAUCCAUGAACCAUGGUUCUGUAACAUGAAUGCAAGUCAAUUCAAUCAUCAUUCACAGCACCAACAUGCAUUUUUUAUUUCUUUUAAUAAUCCAAGUAUUAAUUGAGUUGUUUAUUUUCUUUACACUUUUCCACAUGGUUUGAAGGUAAAAAAAAAGUUUAUUAUUGUCUUGGAAUAUAUAGACAUUGAAUUGCUUCUAAUGACAAGAUUUUGACAAGUCUUUUGAACUUGCUAAACUAGUUAGUCCACAUUGGUACAUUGUUUAGAGCUUUGGAUUUACGAUUGCUUAUUUGAAACACUUCAAAUAGAUCAUUAUGAUAAAAGAUUUUGUUUAGAUUAUUCUGUUUUAAACACUGGUUAAAUCCUUGUCUAUUUAUUUAAGGUUUUAAAUUUCAUAUUUUGAUACUUAAUCAAAACUGUUGACUUUUUUUUUUUUUUCAUCUUUAUUUUUGUUGAUGAUGUAGACCCCUUUUGUGAGCUGCACAAGUUAAAUAAUAAUUAAGUUAAUUAUGAUUUACUGUCUAAAUUAUCCUUAUCUGAAUGCAAUAAAUUGUUUUCUUUAAAAAAAAAUCUCAGUAUUUGGUAAUAAAUUAAUUUGUUUUCCUUUAAAGCUACAGUUAAAUUGAAAUAUUUCUUGUGUUUACUCAAUAUUUGUAGAAACCUCUAAGGAAAUAGAUUACAAAAAGGAUGAACUCUUGUGAACAUGAAAGUAUUUUAGUUACAUGGUAAUCAACGAUAUCUGGAAUGGCCAUUUACUUUUUUUUCCCUUGGCAUGUUUUCAUAGCUCACCAUUGGGACCUGGCGUUUUACAUUUAAUAUCAGGUGUUGGUGUCAUUUUUACAAACAAUUUUUCGUUGUCUUAGCUUUAUUGUUCUAUUGUUUUUGUCAUUCAGUGCUAGCUUCGAAAUGUUUUCAGUGACCAGCAGUCUGUCAAUGUUGUACAAAUUUUGUGUGUCAUUUGGAGAAAAAACAUACCACUUUAGCAGUGACAUGGUGAACUGAUAAUACAAAGUCAAGUCUUUUUCUCUGACUGGAACAUUUGACUUCUCAUUUGUUUUUUAUUAAAGAUAAUGUGUUUCAUUCUAUUUUUAUUUAUUAUGUUGGUAGAGGUAGGCCAAUGUGAAAGCAUGGGACGAGAAAUUAUUUUAAUGUGAAGUUGAAAUGCCUUAGAGUAUCAAAGAAACCAUUUGUUCAGCAAAGUUACAACCGUUUAGAUUUUUACUGUUGAUUGAUUGAAUGGAUUCUUUGGUUUGUUGGAUGGACUGUUGAUUUAUUAAACAAAUAUUUUCAAAAUGCAAA